CAGCUGAACAUAUAAACAAAUGGUGCUGAUAACAAAAAUGAUUCGUGUUCAGCUGAGUUUAGCAUAUUGUUUGUAUUCGGCUUUUAAGUUAUUUUAUUAUUUAGAUGUGUAAUGUUUUUUGUAAAUGUAAAACUAUUUGCAAUUUCGCAAGUUUUCUAACAUGAACCUUGAGUUGUAACUCUGCACAAAAUAAUAUCACAAUGUUACUCGAAAUAAUAUUUAUUGUUACCGCUGUAAAGGCCUUUUUUAUGCCGCUCUACCGUUCAACCGACUUCGAAGUUCACAGAAAUUGGCUUGCGGUGACACACAAUCUAACCCUGGAACAGUGGUAUCAUGAUAACACAUCUGAGUGGACACUGGAUUAUCCUCCGUUUUUUGCCUGGUUGGAGUUUGCCCUCUCUCAUGUAGCAAAAAUAUUUGACCCAGAGAUGGUGAAAAUAGAAAAUCUGAAUUAUGCUUCAGAUAUGACUGUCCUUUUCCAAAGAUUGUCUGUGAUUGUUCUGGAUAUUGUAUACAUAUAUGGUGCAUUCAGAUGUACAAAAAAUAUAGCAAAUGGGAAUCUUCUUGUGUUCUUACUUCUUAUCACCAACCCUGGACUUAUUAUGGUUGACCACAUCCAUUUUCAAUAUAAUGGAUUCUUAUUCGGCAUUUUGUUGUUAUCUAUAUCAAAUAUGCUAUCAAAUAACUACCUAUAUUCCGCAUUUUGGUUUGCAGUGCUGUUGAAUUUCAAGCAUAUAUUCUUGUACAUGGCGCCUGUGUAUGUAGUGCACCUGUUGAGAGCGUACUGUUUCACAGUAUCCUCCACGGAUGGGGUCCACACACCGUGGUAUUCAUUCUCUGUGACUAACUUGUUCAAACUAGCUACAACAGUUAUCUUUGUGUUUUGUCUGUCGUUUGGUCCCUUUAUUGACCAAUUACCACAGGUUUUUUCAAGACUUUUUCCAUUCAAACGAGGUUUAUGCCACGCAUACUGGGCCCCAAAUUUUUGGGCAUUGUAUAAUUUUGCAGAUAAAAUCCUGCAACAUUUUUCAACCAAGUUGGGUAUCCCUGUGGUAGUCCAGGAGGCGGCCAUGACGGGAGGCUUGGUGCAGGAGUACCGGCACGCAGUGCUGCCCACUAUCACGCCUGCCGUCACCUUCGUGCUCACCGCUGCGGCUAUGGCACCUGCGCUAGUUAAACUAUGGUAUCUGGGGGCCGAUAGAAGAUACAGAGGUGGCAGUUUCUUGAGAUGCUUAACACUGUGUGCAACUUGCGCGUUCAUGUUUGGAUGGCAUGUCCACGAGAAAGCAAUACUGAUGAUUUUGAUCCCUCUCAGCUUCCUUUCAGUUCUCGGCAUCACGGACGCCCGGCUCUACAUGUUCAUGAGUGUAGUGGGCCACUACUCGCUAUUCCCGCUGCUUUACCCGAAGAACUUGUUGCCGAUCAAGAUAUUCAUCUUACUAACGCACCUAUCCAUCGUCUUCAGUUACCUCCCUUCCUUGUACGAACCCAAAACGAAAACGAGUAGAAGACGUGGAUUUUUAGUUCUACCUAAACUAAAGGCGUCUGAUAGUUUGUAUUUGUAUGGGUUGAUAGGUCUGUGUAUCUAUGAAAAUGUGCUACAUACAUUCCUGGGUCUGGACAAGACACUACCAUUCCUACCACUUAUGAUGACCUCUGUCUAUUGCGCCCUAGGUGUGUUCUACUUUUGGGUACGACAGUAUAUAUAUUUUCUUACGUUUAAUUUGAGCAGUGUUCCUACAUUAACUACGAGUACCAACACUAAGUCAGUUUAUGAAAAAAAAGAAACGUAAGUGACAUAUUGUUAUUAAUAUGUAGAUCGUAGGUUAUUUAAAUGUAUAAUAGUUUUCUUUAUUGUCAAAGAAAAUAUAAAAUAAUAUUUGUACGUU